UGUUUAUAUCGAUGCUAAUCACCCAGUAAAGAUGGAAAUCAAAGGGUGAAGAUGAUAAACGAAAUUUCUUGAUACAUUGGUAUUAAUGGGUCGACAAUCACAGUUGAAUAAACAUCAGGAAAGAGAAGAGCCUUACUUGCAUGAUUACUGAUUUAUCAGAAAAAGGCAUUUGAACUGCUUAAGAUUACUUUUUGUGAUUUUGAUACAAGUGUUGGAUUCAUCUAAUUUAGUCGCUUUGAAUGUAAAGUUACUUCAGACUUUUGUUAGACCUGUUUGUUUUCAUCAACAUCAUCGCCAUCGUUAUCAUCAUUGUUUUCGUUAUUAUGCAAUCAAUCGAAGGUGAAAGUGAAGAACAAAAUAUCAGGAGAUUCCAGGGUUUGCGUCAUGAUAAGUUAUAUUGUGUUAUGCAUAGGUAUGACUAGGCAAUUAACAGUCAAGGUGAGCUCAAUGGAAAAUUCAUUAGAAGGAGAUCCACUUUUCUUUGACUCUUCAUUCAUGUUGCUUGGUUGAAAGACUUUCCCAGUCAUCAGCAUAAUCACAUGUAAUAAUGUAAUACUGCAACAUUUACUAAACUGGAUACAAAUUGAAUCUACUUGAAAACAUGUUUUGCCUUGAGGAAAGCCUAAAGACUGCAUGGAAAGCAAUCAACAAACGUUCAACAAUGCUUCUAAAGUUGCAUUUUGUUUACUAGCUUGAGGUUAAAUACGUCUAGCUAUGGCCAAUUAUUGAGCAAUUAAUGACCCUGUUCAAGAUUUUUGUUUACCUAUUCACAAGGACGAGAAGCAACAAGUAUGAUACAUGAGAUGAGAAGCCACGUGAAAAUGACAUCGUCAUAUGCAAAACAAUAUCAGCUGAGUGAGAGAGAAACUAAUAAUCUCAAAAUAAUUAUCAAUUAUUCUCGUCUAAUUGUUAUCAUGUAAUAUCAUCUUCAUAUUUAUUAUCUUGAUUGAUCGACUAUCUGUGAUAAGGGGGUUUGACUUUAAACAUGAGCUUUUUAAUUCAACAAUUCAACCUCCUUCAUCACAUUGAUAAAUUGAUGAUGAGAGUGGAUGAUAAGUUGAGAGAGAAAGAAGGUGAUAGUGAGACUUGCUGUGAGAAGCAUAAAUACAUUUAAAUAGAGUGAAAGUGAAAAUAUAUCAACAAGAUUGAAAGAAGCAAAAGGUUUUAGUUCGUGUUUCCAACUGAAUAUCAGUUACUGCUUUCUUUCCAUAGACUAUUUUACUUUCGUGUUUAACGUUUUUUCACUGAUUUCUGUCAGAACUACAUCAAUUGCUAUAAAGUGCAUCACUCUUGAUAAUUAACAUUAAGAGGUGAUUGAUUCAAAAACUAUCGUAUAGUUUAAGUAAGUGGAGGUCUUCCCCUCAAUUAGAUUGCAUGAUGCGAUUAUUUUGGAGCAAAAGUUAAAAGUCGAAACGCAAUUCAAUCAACGCUACAGUUUUUUUCUCCUCAUCAUUACACCUUCAAAAUAUUUCCACUUGGUAAAUUCACUCAGUUUCAUCACCAAAUUCAUUUUUAUAUUGUAAUUAGCACAGGCACAUUUGUUGAAUCAAAAAUUUUUAGUUUAUUAAAUUUUGUUUGUUAACAGCUUAUUUAUUGUUUUUGGUGUCAACUUACAUUCGUUGAUAGAUAUGCCGUUCAACAUGUUUACCACUUUGGUAUUGCUGACUGGUUUGUUAAUCAGUGCUGUUCGAUUAGAAGAUUGUUUCCAACAACAUUUCCCGGAUAAUGGAAUCGUUUGUGUCUGUAAUGUGACUCAUUGCGAUGCCCUUGCUAUUGACAAGAUUGCCAAUCCGGGUACAGUUGUUUCAUUCGAGUCCGAUAUAACUGGUAAACGAAUGCGUAAAACAAUCUCAUCGCUGGAAACUUUAACCAUUAAUAUUAAUCACUCAUCCACAUUCAUAAUGCAUAUUGAUAAAGCUGAUCGUCGCCAGAAAAUCAAUGGGUUUGGAGGAUCAUUCACUGAUGCAGCAGGUUUCAACAUAUUUUCCCUGCCUGAAAACAUGUCUCGUCGAUUGUUGCAAGAUUAUUAUGGAUCCGAUGGUAUUGAAUACUCUAUUGGACGGGUACCAAUUGGCUGUACAGAUUUUUCACGUAAAAAUUAUUCUUACGAUGAAGUUGAUGGAGAUUUUGAUUUGAAACAUUUCGCUCUUGCGCCAGAGGAUCACUUAUAUAAGAUUCCCAUGAUUAGGAUGGCAACAAAUUUCACCAAUCGUCAAUUGAAAUUAUUGGCUUCACUCUGGGCUCCGCCAAUUUGGUUGAAAACCAACAACAGACAUAAUGGAAUGGGAAUCAUUAGAGGCGAUCCCGGUGGACCAUAUUAUCGUACUCUUGCUAAAUAUCACAUAAAAUUUCUCGAUGAAUAUAAGAAACUUGGAAUUCCGUUCUGGGCUAUAACAUCAAUUAAUGAGCCUGCUGGCGGGCUGAAGCCUCACUGGCAUAAUCCAUCAGUUGGAGCGUCUCCUGAAAUGAUUCGUGAUUGGAUUAAACACGAUUUAGGACCUUUACUGGAAUCAUCAGGUUAUGGCAAGGAUAAAUUACAUUUGAUUAUUCACGAUGAAAUAAUGAGCUUGUUGAUACAUUACGCUAAAAAUAUCUUGAAAGAUCCAGAAGCAAAUAAGUUUGUCUCUGGAGUUGGUAUCCAUUGGUAUGAAUAUGGAUUUGAACCUUACACUCCUAUGAAUUUGGUACAUGAAAGUUAUCCAGAUAAAUUUUUAAUUUCGACCGAAGCUUGUGAAGGUUGGGGAGGCAAUUUCCAAGGAGUUCGUAUUGGCAACUGGACCAGAGCUGAAACAUAUGCUUGGGACAUCAUUAAUAACCUUAAUCACUGGGGAACUGGUUGGAUUGAUUGGAAUCUUGCCCUCGACCCUCUAGGUGGACCUAAUUAUGUGCUCAACGUGGCUGAUUCAGCUAUAUUGGUUGAUGCCAAAAAUAAAGUUUAUUACAAACAACCAAUGUUUUACGCUCUUGGACACUUUAGCAAGUUUUUGAGCCCAGGUUCAAUAAGGUUAGGAUUCAGUGACAAUAUUGACCAUCCAAUGAUUAAAGUGACUGCCUUUUUGGAUACAAAUGGCCAAGUAAUCGUCAUUUUGUUGAAUCGUAAAGAGGAAGCUAUUGUUGCUUCAAUCGCUGGUGUAACCAAUGAACCAUUCCAAGUUGCCCUGUCUCCCAGGUCUAUCAAAACACUAAUUGUUCCGUCAUCAUCUCUUUCUUCAUCAACUCCUAAACCUUAGGACCAAAAAGAAAGGUUAUAUUCAUCAACUAGCAUAAUUUAAAUUUACUUACUAAGUUCAUUGUUCAUAUGUCAUCAAAAAUUUCUUUUCUCUAUUGACUAUUCCCUAGUCAUAUUGCAAUUGUAUAACUUUAAAAAUUCUCAAUAGAUUAAUAACAUUAUAUUUUUAAUUUUAUCAA